ACACACACGCGCGCACAGAGCCAAGAUGGCGGACCCCAGCAGCUCCACCACAACAAACAGGAAGAAGAGUUAAAACUUCCAGACUUUGAUCCACUUCGCUCCUUCGUCUCUCCGUGAACACAUGAGCCUCUCCCCCCGCCUCUGACCCUCCGACGGCCCGUUUACCGGCUGGCUGCUGCCCGGGAUGUGUCCGUGAAUCUGCCGCCGUCUGAGGCCGACGUUAAAGUUCAGACGUGGCUCCUCCAACAUGGCGGCGGCGUCGUACGACCAGCUGCUGAGGCAGGUGGAGGUUUUAAAGAUGGAGAACUCCAACCUGAGGCAGGAGCUGCAGGACAACUCCAACCACCUGACCAAGCUGGAGACGGAGGCGUCCAACAUGAAGGAAGUGCUGAAGCAGCUGCAGGGCACCAUAGAAGAAGAACCCGGAGAGGUGUCUGGAUCUCAGCUGGAGCUCAUUGAAAGACUCAAAGAGAUGAGCCUGGAUUCACCAGGCUUCAAGUCCAGGCCCAGGCCUCCUCUGCCCCCCUCUUCCUCCUCCAGCUCGGCCUCCUCUGGUUCUGGAGGAGCAGCCGGAGGUCCGGGAGGUUCUGGAGGUCCAGGAGGUUCUGGAGGUUCUGGAGGUCUGGUUCCCCUGGUGACCGUCCCCUUCCCCAUGAGAGGACUGUCGUCUGCUGGCAGAGACGAACACGACCACUGCCUGGAGGAGCUGGAGAAGGAGAGGUCUCUCCUAUUGGCUGAGCUGGAGAAGGAGGAGAAGGAUAAGGACUGGUACUACACUCAACUCCAGAACCUGACCAAGAGGAUCGACAGCCUUCCCCUGGCCGAGAACUUCACUCUGCAGACGGACAUGAGGCGGCGGCAGCUGGAGUUUGAGGCUCGGCAGAUCCGGUCGGCCAUGGAGCAGCAGCUGGGUUCCUGUCAGGAGAUGGAGAAGAGAGCUCAGAGGCGUGUGUCUCGUAUCCAGCAGAUAGAGAAGGACAUCCUUCGACUGGGAGCACGGCUACAGGUGGAGGACCCUCAGGGGGCGAGUGAUGGCGCGGGAUUGGCUGGAGCUCAGAGCUCCAGCCGCUUGGACCACGAGCCGACCAAUGAGAUGGCUUUCUCUGUGCCUCGACGAAUCAUCACCAGCCACCUGGGGACGAAGGUGGAGAUGGUGUACAGCCUGCUGUCCAUGCUGGGGACUCACGAUAAGGACGACAUGUCCCGGACUCUUCUGGCCAUGUCCAGCUCUCAGGACUCGUGCAUCGCCAUGCGUCAGUCCGGCUGCCUCCCACUGCUCAUCCAGCUGCUGCAUGGCAACGACAAGGACUCCCUGUUGCUAGGUAACUCAAGGGGCAGUAAGGAGGCGCGAGCACGAGCGUCGGCGGCACUGCACAAUAUCGUCCACAGUCAGCCGGACGACAAGCGAGGACGCCGCGAGAUCAGAGUGCUCCACCUACUGGAGCAGGUCCGCCAUUACUGCGAGGCCUGCUGGGGCUGGCAGGAGCUCCAUGAGAGGGGAGUGGACCAGGACGACAACCCCAUGCCGUCUCCAGUGGAGCAUCAGAUCUGUCCGGCCGUCUGCGUCCUCAUGAAACUCUCCUUCGAUGAAGAGCAUCGCCACGCCAUGAACGAGCUAGGAGGCCUGCAGGCGGUGGCUGAGCUGCUCCAGGUGGACUGUGAGAUGUUCGGUCUGAGCAGCGAUCACUACAGCGUCACCCUGAGGCGCUACGCUGGCAUGGCACUCACCAACCUCACCUUCGGAGACGUAGCCAAUAAGGCAACACUGUGUUCCAUGAAAGGCUGCAUGAGGGCGAUGGUGGCUCAGCUCAAGUCUGAGAGUGAAGACCUGCAGCAGGUGAUAGCCAGUGUCCUGAGGAACUUGUCCUGGCGUGCUGAUGUCAACAGUAAGAAGACUCUGCGUGAGGUCGGCAGCGUCCGGGCGCUGAUGGGAUGCGCUCUCGAGGUGCAGAAGGAGUCGACCCUGAAGUCCGUCCUCAGUGCCCUCUGGAACCUGUCGGCUCAUUGCACCGAGAACAAGGCCGACAUCUGUGCCGUGGAUGGUGCCUUGGCAUUCCUGGUGGGAACGCUGACCCAUCGCAGCCACACCAACACACUUGCCAUCAUCGAGAGCGGAGGCGGCAUCCUCCGGAACGUUUCCAGCCUCAUCGCCACCAAUGAGGCGCACAGGCAGAUACUGCGUGAACACAGCUGCCUGCCGACGCUGCUGCAGCAUCUGAAGUCCCACAGCCUGACCAUCGUGUCCAACGCCUGUGGGACGCUCUGGAACCUGUCGGCCAGAGACGCCAAAGACCAGGAGGCUCUGUGGGAGCUGGGAGCUGUGGGCAUGCUGCGUAACCUCAUCCACUCCCGCCAUAAAAUGAUCGCCAUGGGCAGCGCCGCCGCACUACGCAACCUCAUGGCCAACCGCCCAGCGCGCUACAAGGACACCAGUGUGGUGUCUCCGGGUGCUGGCGCCCCAUCGCUGCACGCCCGCAAACAGAAGGCGCUGUUCGAGGAGCUGGAUGCGCAGCAGCUGUCGGAAACCUUCGACAACAUCGACAACCUGAGCCCCAAGGCAGCGCACCGGAAGGGGCGGGGCUGUAACGGCACUGGAGGAGGCAGCACAACGCGCUCCUACGCCAACACGCCGGUUCUGUCGAGCCCAAAGAACGCAGACGGCUCGAAGCGUCCCAGCGAGGAGACGCCGUUCCCACGGCCGGCGUUCCCGCCCAGCGUCCGGGCGUCCAGCGACAGCCUCAACAGUGUGACCAGCGCUGACGGCUACGGCAAUCGAGGCAAGACCAAACCAUCAGCAGAGCCAUUCUACUCCUCUGACGAGAGCGCCGCCAACAAGUGCUGCGUCUACAGGAAGUACCCGGCCGACCUCGCACACAAGAUCCGCAGCGCCAACCACAUGGCUGACGAUGACGGCGCCGACUUGGACACGCCCAUCAACUACAGCCUAAAGUACUCGGACGAGCAGCUGAACUCUGGGAGACAGAGUCCGAGUCAUCGCGGCAGCAUCGAGAGCGAUGACGACAGUGGUGAACAGGACAGCCGGCUGAGGAGGAGCGAUGCAGGCGAAACGCCACCGAGUAGCGGCCGCAUGGCGUCGGCGCCGCGCUACGUCGUCACUGCAACUUCAAACUACAGCGACGGCUCUCCGGCCGAGCAGCCGAUCGACUACAGCCUGAAAUACGGUGCUGACGCCGCCCGCAAACCACUGUUCAAGCCCGAGGAAGCCACUGCUGCCCUCGCUCCAACCCACUCGUCCUCCAGCAAGCUCCGCCCCCCACCUCCCCCCGUCAGGACGAAGACCAAUCAAGAGUCCACUCAGACCUACUGCGUCGAGGACACGCCCAUCUGCUUCUCCAGAGGCAGCUCGCUGUCCUCGCUGUCUUCGGAGGAGGACGAGGACGGCGAUGUCCUGAGGAAGAGGAGGGGCGCCGGCAACGACUACCCGACACUUCCUGUUGGCAAGAAGGAUGAAGAGCAGCAGCAGCGCCGGCAGCAGAAGGAGGCGGAAAGUCAGACUGCCGCCGCCGCCGCUGUCCCCGCCUCCCGGGGGAGGCGAGGUCACCACCACCACCACGGUCACCAUCACCACGUGACAUCGUCAUCGGGCGCCAGGACUCCUAAAAGCCCGCCGGAGCCGCCCUACGCUCAGGAGACGCCGCUGAUGUUCAGCCGCUGCACCUCAGUCAGUUCCCUCGACAGCUUCUCCACGUCCUCCAUCGCCAGCUCAGUACGCUCCAGCGAGCCCUGCAGUGGCGUGCCGAGUGGCGUGGUCAGCCCCAGCGACCUCCCCGACAGCCCUGGACAAACCAUGCCGCCGAGCCGUGCCAAGACGCCGCCGCUGGCCCCGCCCACCCAGAAAACCCAGCAGGAGGACGCCACGAAGAAGAAGAAGGACGAGGAGGAGAGCAGUGCUGACGUGCUGCUGCACUUCGCCACCGAGAGCACGCCAUAUGGCUUCUCGGGUGCCUCCAGUCUGAGCGCGCUCAGUCUGGACGAGCCGUUCAUCGUAGCAGAGAUGAAGGAGGAAGAGGAAGACGAGGAAGAGGGCGGGGCUCAGGGUCGGAAGGAGGAGUCUAAACCGAUCCUUGAUGAAUCUGACGAUGACGACGACAUCCUGGAGGCUUGCAUCAGCAUGGCCAUGCCCAAGUCGUCACGGAAACCAAAGAAACAGCAGCAAGCUUUGCCACGGAAACCGAGCCAACUUCCCGUCUACAAGAUCCUCCCCCCGCAGAGCCGCAGCCAACCGCAGCAGAGGAAGGACGCGGCUCCACCCCCGGAGGAGGUGCCGAGAGUUUACUGCGUGGAGGGAACGCCGCUCAACUUCUCCACCGCCACCUCGCUGAGUGACCUUACCAUAGACUCCCCGCCCAAUGAGGAGGCGGCACUCAUAGCCCCUCCCUCCUCCGCCCCCAGUAGGCGGGCUGGCUUUCCUGAGGGUGAGAACGGCGACGACAUCCUCGCCGAGUGCAUCAGCGCUGCGAUGCCCAAAGCCAAACCCAGGAAACCGGUCAGAGCGGCCAACGGCGAGCAGCUGCAAGCCCCGCCCCUCCCCCCACCCCUCCCCCCUGCAGCCCCACCUCUUCUUGGCCCACAGCAGCAGAAAAAGAAACCCACCUCGCCCGUGAAGCCGAUGCCUCAGCGGGUCACCAUAGCAACCACCGCCAAAGCCAAACCCGGGUUUGCCUUCGACUCGCCGCGUCAUUACACACCCAUCGAGGGAACGCCAUGCUGCUUCUCACGCAACGACUCUCUGAGCUCCCUGGACUUCGAUGAAGAUGACGGCGAGAAGGACGAAGAGGACAAGAGGACAAAGGAGGAAGGUCGGAGGAGGAAGCAGCAGACGGCGGCCAUCUUCCCUCGCACCAAACCCAGUGCCAGCCAGACGGCGACGGACGAGAAGCAGAAGUUUGCCAUCGAGGACACGCCCGUCUGCUUCUCCAGAAACUCGUCGCUGAGCUCGCUGAGCGACAUCGACCAGGAGAACAACAACAAGGAGUUCGCUCCACCACCAGAAAAACAAGAUGGAGGCAAGGCUGGAGCCAAGACUCCGCCUCCUGCACAGGUGGAAUCAAAGUCCCGCCCCCCUGUGGCCAGUGGCUACGCCCCCAAAGCCUUCCAUGUGGAGGACACGCCCGUCUGCUUCUCCAGGAACUCGUCUCUCAGUUCUCUGAGUAUUGACUCGGAGGACGACCUGCUGCAGGAGUGCAUCAGCUCUGCGAUGCCCAAGAAGAAGAAGAAGGCCGCCGCCUCCGUGCCUCCUCCCGACUCCAUGGCCGACGACAGCAUUCUGGCAGAGGAGGAGCCUUCAGAGGUGCCGAGAAGCCCCGCCUCCCCAGAUUCCGAGUCCUUUGAUUGGAAGGCCAUCCAAGAAGGUGCCAAUUCCAUUGUGAGCAGCCUGAACGCCGCCGCCGCCGCCUCGUCGCUGUCCCGCCAGCCGUCCUCAGACUCCGACUCGGUCCUGUCCCUGAAGUCUGUCGGCUCGCCGUUCCACCUGCCGGCGGCCAACAAUAACGCCGAGGAGGAGGUGGAGAGAAAGGAGGAGGUGAAGCGAGGUGCCAGGAUCCUAAAGGCCGGAGAGCGUAGCUCGCUGGAGGCCAGAAAGAAGGAGGAGGAGGAGGAGGAGGAGGCAAAGGCUCUGAAGGGCGGGAAGAAGGUUUACAGGAGUCUGAUCACAGGAAAGCCCAGAGCAGAGCCGGCGGCCAGGGGGCGGAGCAAACCCAGGCCAUCGGGCAUCAGCAAAGCUCCAGGAGGAGCCGACAACUCUGACAGAGGGGGCGGGACUUCGCGGGACUCCACCCCCUCUCGCUCUGUCUCAUCAGCCAAUCAGAAAGGAGGAAAGCUACUGCAGACGCCGCGCACGGCAUCUCCAGCGUCACCAUCACCGUCACCAUCACCUGCUUCUAGAGCCACCAAACAGAGCGUGGCACCGAGGAGCAGCGCCGGCAUCCCCAGGAGCGAAUCGGCUACGAGGUUCACCGCCGCCAAGAAGCAGAAGGCGGAGCCUGAGAAGCCAGCGCUGGUCCGUCAGUCGACGUUCAUCAAAGAAGCUCCGAGUCCGACCUUGAAGAGGAAGCUCGAGGAGUCGGCGGCGCCAGCGCCAGAGUCGCCAUCGAGCCCUGACACACCGCUACCGGCCGCAAGCACACGGAGACACGACAGCAACCGCUCCCACUCCGAGAGUCCGUCACGUCCACAGGAAGUGACAUCAUCGCGCUUCAGCCGCACCGGCACCUGGAAGAAGGAGAACGGCGGUGGAGGUGGCAGCAACGGCGGGAAACACUCGACAUCGUUGCCACGCGUGGGAACAUGGAAGAGGACGGGAAGCUCCUCGUCGGUGCUGUCAGCCUCAUCGGAGUCCAGCGAGAAGGGGCGGAGCGAGGAGGAGGGCGCUGCCAGGUCCAAGGGAACAUGGCGGAAGGCAAAGAGCGGCGGUGACUCGGCGGCCGGCCGCAGCCUCACCGACAAAUCGGAAGACGUGUGGGUUCGUCUGGAGGACUGUCCUGUCAACAACCCACGCUCCUCCUCUUCCUGCUCAGCCCGGUCACCCUCCGCCACCAACGCCCCGCCCAUCAUCGACAGCCCCGCCCCCUCAAAGAUCCCCUCCUCCUCCUCUUCGUCUUCCUCCAACCUCAAUCUACGCAGGAGCUGUGAGAGUCUGGACGAGAAGCCGCCACCACCCGAACGCCAACCGCAGCAGCAGCAGCAGCAACAACAACAACAACAACAACAACAGCAACAACAACAACCGCAGCAGCAGCAGCAACAACGUGGUCAGCAGCGCAGCGGCGCCGUGGCGGCCCGUGUCAGCCCCUUCAACUACACGCCAAGCCCACGGAAGGGCAGCUCUGAGGCCACCGCCACCACCACAGCAACCACCACCACGGUGACGGCGGCGCCAACUCGUCCGUCACUCAUUCCCACACCGGUCACCAAGAAACGUGAACCGAAGGGCGGAGAGGGCGGAGCGGGCGGAGCCAGCGGCGGCGGCGGCGGCGAACGAGGCUCGUACAUUGUGACGUCGGUUUAGAGAAACUACUGACAAAAUAAAAUGGCUGUCGCGGCUGAAACAGCUGAUUAAACAUGUAAAUAAACAGGAAGUGAAUCAGUAUUUAAGUGAUGGCCCCACCCCCUCCUCCUCAUUGGCUCCUCUCACCUGUCCGUCAAGCUUCUUUAUUCAACGAGGAAACAUUUACUAAACUUUUUAUGUUUUUAUACCAAUGAUGUGUAGCGCUUAGCCCCGCCUCCUGCAUGGCCCCGCCCCCUAUCUGACAGACCAUGAUGAUGAUGAUGAUGUUUGCUAACUGUAACGUCUGAGCUCGUUCAGCUCUUUUAACAGUUUAGUUAUGAACAAAAUGGGUCACUGAUCAGUUGUUGAUCAUCUGUUGUUGAUUUUUGUUCUCAUCACUGUUUUUCUUUCUUUGAAACUUGGCUGAAGACUUCCUGCUCUGUUGCCUUGGAAACAGAUAACACUGUAAAGCGUAAGUUAUUGCUGUAAACCUGAGAACUCUGAAGCACAUAAUUUAAAACUGGUUUAAAACGUUUUAUGUUCAAUAAAGUCAGACACUCCA